AUGUCAGACCCCAGACAAUUAAUCGCUGAAGCAGAGAAGCUUCUCAAGCCCCAGCUGGGGUUUUUUCUGUUCAUAUCUGGGUCUUCGCAAUCUAUUCGGAAAGAAGAUGCAACUGAUUUGUACAUUCAAGCGGCCAACAGUUAUCGCUUGAAGAAGGAUUUCAAUCAAGCAGGAAAUCAAUUUUUGAAAGCUGCAGAAGUGCAACAAAGCUUGAAUAAUCACAACGAUGCUGCUAAUCACUUAGUUGAAGCUUAUAAAUGUUUCAAGUCUUCCUCACCCUCGAAUGCCAUUGAUGCAUUAUCGCAAGCAAUUCACAUUUUUUUGACUCAAAACGGCCAAUUCAGAAGAGCUGCCAAUUUUACCAUGGACUUGGCAGAAUUAUACGAGAGCGUUGGAGAUACCACAAAUGCCAUCAAGAGUUACGAGCAGGCUGGUGACUACUUUACUACAGAUAAUGCCGAGGCCCUCUCAAAUAAAGCUUUCCUCAAAUGCGCAGACUUGUCAGCAUCGAGCGGUGAAUACAAAAAGGCUAUUGAGCUAUACGAUAUUGUGAUCAAGAACCUGUUGAACAAUUCGUUAACAAAAUGGAGCUUGAAGGACUACUUUUUCAAGUCGUUGUUAUGCGUUUUGUGCACUGAGGAUGUAGUUGAAGCGGAAAAGAGAAUGGAAAAAUACACACAAGACGAUCCUAAUUGGCCGGAAACUAGGGAAUGUAAGUUGAUUGAGGGGUUAUUGGAGAGUAUCAACAACGGAGAUGUUGAGGAUUACUCAGAUAAAGUAUUUGAAUAUGACAAAUUUAGUAAACUCGAUAAGUUAAAGACACAAUUAUUGUUGAAGAUCAAGACAUCAGUUGUUGAAAAUGAUGAGGUGGAUAUUUUAUAG